AUGAAAAUAUUUUUUUUAUUCUACGAGAGUUUGUUGGCCCAGUCGGAGUCGCGCGUUUGACGUUUGAUCUCGCGUGAUGAUUAGAUUAAUUGUUUUUAGUUGUUCCACGAUUAGGUCGUUUAGUUUGUAGGAAUCGACUGAGACGUUAUUAUGGCUUCCUUGGUCGCGGAUUACGGGACCUCCUCCGGCUCGGACAGCGAGACGAACGGUGACGUUUCGGAUGAUGCCUUUAAGGAUGGAGACAAGGCAGAGUCAGAGGAGGAUGAAGAAGAAGAAGAGGAUAAUGAUGAGAACAGCAACUCGCAUAAUGACGAGAACGGACACGUGAGAAUAAAUGAAACAACAGCUUCCAGAGAAAAACUUCCAUUGCCCACGCCAGAUUUCAAUAGCGCAUCCACAUUGUUGAAGACCUCAGUGUUCUCGAAUCCGUUCGUCGAGGCGGAGCGGGCGAAGAGCGCGAUCCUGGAGAAGCAUGUCAAGAUGACGCCCACGUUGGACGACACCAAGAUGAUAAACGGUCGUAAGAUCUGUUGGAAUUAUCGAAAGGGCCGUUGUCGAUUCGGGCAUAACUGUACCUUCGCCCACGACUCUGAUCUUCAUCGCAGCGCGGCCGAAUUGGAGGCUCUGCGGACUCCGCAGGAGACACUGGUCUGUCAGACCCGAUACAAUGGACAGCAACAGCAGACAUCACUGACCGCGAAUGACGAGGAGAACGAAGUGGAUCAGGAGAACAAUCAGACUGCGAACAGAAAACGCAAGAAGAGACCUGGUUUGAGCCAAUUGUUGCUUCCAAGUAAAAAAGUCUUUAAGCUGUACAAAGCGCAGCAACAACAACAAACCAAAACUAGAUGAAUAACGCUCAUUCGAUGUAGCGAUAAAAAUGAAAAUCUGUCUUCUGGCUAACCCAUUACACGUUCUAUGUGAACAUGUUUUACGAGAACACAAAUCGAAAGGGGAAGUUUAAAAGAUGAAACGGUGAAAAAAAUUGCAAGAUAAAAAUUGCGAAUUUUUUAUUCGUUUUCGUAUAUUCGUUCGAGAAUCGAAUUUCCAUCUUUUAUCAACAUAGAGGCCAUUAAUGUCUAACAAUGAGACUAACAAAAUCUCGCACAAGAUUUAGACUAGCAUUAAUUAAAUGAACAGAAGCGAUAUAGAGAUAUAAGAAAUCCCGAUUUAUGCUUCCAACACAAUCCUAUCUGCGAUGUGGAUAGGAACGAGAAAUUUUUGUUAUCUUAUAUAAAACUGCAAAAGACUAUUCCAUGUACAAAGCGUACGAUUUGUCUCUCGUGACAUGACUAUCGCAAAAUGUCUUCUCGAUAUUCCAUGUUUUCCUGUGUAUUUAUAAUUAGUUCAUUAUUUACUUAGAUAGAUUAGUUAGAAUUAUUUGCUCGCAAGAAAACCAAAUAACAUGUUACAGUAAAUUCAAUACAUGGAAUGCAUUGUAAUAUCAUUCGUAAAUUCCAUUCAACGAUUUUGAAAUAAAGAUUUAUAUAUAAAGAAAUAUCUUAUAUAUGACGCGCUUCCAUGCAUGCGCUUGUGUAAAUUUACAAUUAAAUCAAACGCAAUUGCUCGAUUGUAUUCUUUUUCAAAAAGUAAAAAUGUUUGGCAUUUCCUUACAAUCAAAUGAAAUAAAUUCGAUCAGUUAAUUACAGUAGUUUCUAAAUAUAAAAAUGAUUAAAAAAAUGAUUAAAAUGUACUAAUACACUAAUCUCUUGAAAAGAAUUAUUUGAUUAUGAUAAAAAGAGUGAAAAUAGUGAAACAUCAUAUAACAAAUUAAAAGUUUAGUCAAUUUUAUCGAAUUUUAAUGAGAUUAAAUAGAGUUUUAAUAACACAAUAAUUAUCUGUUAAAGAAAGGAAACCAAUUAUAUUGGAAAGUUAAAAUCAGAAGGAUCAGUGGAAAACCAAAAAUUUAUCUAUGUAACGCGACUGAAAAGAGGCUCCUCGGAAAAUCCGAGGAUUUCUAAAAAGUUGCUAAUAAAUAAUUCAGCUGUGA